AUGAAGUUGAGUAUACAAUCGAAGACUAAAGAAGUAGAAACAGAAGACUUAAAAACUCACAAGAUAAGACAAGAGGAGAAGGGAACUGGUGCCCGGAGAGCAAAGAUAUAUAUGCUCAUUGGAGUAGCUAUACUGUGCCAUGUGUGGAACAGAGUGUUGACAGUAGAUGGGCUAAGAGAUGUCCAGAUAAAAGCUGCUGCUAUUUCUGAAGAAACAGAAGAAGGCAGUCAAGGUGGAGAGAAAUUCUCAGUAGUAGAAAUAACUAGAAAUAUUGGGUUUAUGACUAGGAAGAGGUUUUUGUCGCCUGAGAUACAUCUAGAGCACUCUAUAGAAGUUCUCAAAAAAGACUCUAAAAAUAUAGAGACGGGCAAUGAAGAAAACUCAGAUAAGCACAAACCAAAGGAUUCUAUCUACAAACACACACGAAACAUCAGCCAGGAUAGAUUACGCAAUAGCCUUCCAUAUGAAGGUAGCUUGCUCAGAUACAAGAAAGAAUACUUUAACACGCUUCUUGAGCUGUUCCCCUCGCUUGAUGGAUUUGCGUCAAUACAUUCAGAAAAUGUUGAAUCUUUCUAUGUAUUUAUUAACAGCACUUCUGUAAAAGAGCAUAAGCACAAAAUACUUGCCUCACUGCUACUGCUUGCAGAGGGAAUAAAAGUGCCCCUUAAAUUUACUAAAAGUAAGAAUGAUAAAAAACUAGUUCUGAGAAGUGCAAAUAUAAAUGAAGAUCACUUCAGACUCAAUAUGACUGCAUUUGUUAAAACUGGUAAAGAAGAUAAAAAGUCUACAGAUGUGCAUAAAGAGGUAUUACAAGAAAAGGCAAUUGAUGUUAUAAACUUUUUUAUAGAAAGCAGAGAAAAAACAGUUUCCAAAAAAGAGAGAUCCACUCUACAGCUAUUUUUCUGUAGAAAGCUUGUGGAUAACGAGUUUUUAAACAGCCCUAGCUUCCUUAUACAAGCGUAUAUACACCACUGCAUAAAGAAUACAGAUGAGAUGAUUUUAUUCAUUCAAACGGUGCAUGAUCUACUAAACGAGUUUAUAGAGGAGAAAGAGGGAGCUUCAAGAGAAAAUCGUGUAGAAGAGGCCGUGAAUAAUCUUCUAAGUUUGUAUAUGGAGGAUAGAGGAGUCAAACCAGAAGAUAAACAGCCUGAUAACGAAACUGCAGCGCAAGCAAGGAAUGUGAAUGCCAAAUGCAAUAUACCAAAGAAAUAUAUUUCAAUUGGAAAAGAAAGAAUAUAUAUAACUCAUCUGACAAAAAAACCUCUGUACAAUGAUUCUAUAGCCCACAUUAUUGAUAUGCUACGUCUUGAACCAAUUGAAGAUCACCUUCUCGGCGAAGAGAGUAUGAGUAGUAAUAUGAGCGAGGCUACCUAUUGUGAGACUGCGCUACUUGGCCUGUUCUGCUCCGCUGCAUAUAGCCCGAAUGAGAAUAUAUACACAGUUGACCAUAUCGAAUCUGCCUCUAAGGAGCUGAAAGGCUUUUUCAGAAAGUACAUGUGCACCCCUAUAGACAAGAUAGUGUUAAAGAGAAUGCACCAAGACUGGAAAGAUGUAUUGUUCGGAGAAAAUAACCAGGAAACACAAUAUAUGUGGAUAGACAGAAAAAAACUUAUGCCAGGAUUGAUAAAUAUACUAUAUGGAUUUUCAAAGAUAGCAGGUAUAUGUGACUUAAGUAAGAUAAAUGAGAUUAAAAGAAGGCUGGGUGAUAUGAACAUUGAUGUUUCUGUAGAUGGCUCUAAUAAGAUAGAGAAAGAAAAGAAGGCAGAACUUGAGAAUAUGAUAAGCGCAUAUAUGGCUGAGUUAAUUAAGAAAAUUGCAUUAAGUCAUGAUGUUAGUGUUCAAGUAUCCAUCGACUCUAAAAUGUCUUUUAAGGAUGGUUGUAGUGAUGUAUUUGGAGGCCUAGAAAUAUCUUAUACUCCCAUUGAUGAGCACGACAAGGAUCUCUUCCUAACUUAUUCAUAUUUCUAUGAGUUCAAUAUCUGUCCUGAUUAUUCUAAUGCUAAUGAAGAACUGAAAUGGAAAACUAGUUUUAAAAUGUCUAUACCAGAAAGUAUAUUUAGAAAGGAUGGUUACCCGAAAACUAAGGAGGAAUUAUCUAUUAUAGACCAAAUCAAAUCAUAUAUAGACAGAAGUAUAGAGUCAAGUAAAGAAAUACAGUUACAACAAACAAACAAAAGAAAACGCAAGAAAAGCUCUAAUUUGGAUGAACAGAAGCAGCCCACACUUAGCUAUGCCAACUGGAACAAGGAUAUUGAUACUCUUCUGCUUAAUCUACAGAUUUAUAACAGUGAGUAUAAAAGAAAUAUUGUAUGCGGAUUGCUUCUAUACGCAAAAGAAAAAAGUCUUGAAAAAACCCAUCCUUUUAUGUGCCUAGCAGAUAACAUUUUGAAAAGUUCUUGCCCUGCCGUUAAUGGCACUAAAAGUGAACUGCUUAUGGCACAUAUCUUGGGAAUAGCAGACAAGUACUAUCCAAAUAUACUGAUAGACAUGGAUGAAUAUAAAGACAUGCCAGAAUGUUUUAUAUCCGCAUUAAAGCAUGUAUUAGAAUUAGCAAGUAUUAUAAAAUAUAUACCUCGUAGAACAUAUGCUGAUGCAAUCAUGUACUUAAUGAUUAAAUUCCGAGAAACAUGCCUGGAGGAUAGCUACUAUUCGAGUUUGGAGUCAUUUGCUAAAGAGCUGAAAAAGAGCAAAGGAUUUUUACUUAUAAAGAUCUUAACACUGAAUGAAAACAAUACAGACUAUAUUACUAAGAUUGUUCAAGCUAUGCAGAAAACCGAGAAAGAACAUUCAGUUGCCGAUUAUGAGAAGCAUAGUAACCAGUUCUUGCUGUGGUUUAUUUGGGUUGUAAAGAACAAUAAUCCUAAGAAUUUUUCUACUGUAGUAGAAUCUUGCUGUGACUUAAUUGACAUAGCAGAGACAGAAAAAAUUAAUAGUCUGAACUGUUCUUCUAAAUGGGGUAUAGAUAUAGAUCUAUCAGAACUGUUUGAAGAGAUAAAAUCCAUAUUGUAUGGCAAAGAAGGUAAAAAAGAAUGCGAGUAA